AUGGUGACCACAAGAAAUAUGGAGGAGCAGAGCACCAGAGAUUUAAUAAGAGAGUUGCAAGCCCAGAUUGAGGCACAGGCGCAGACUAUACAAGCGCAGGCGCAUGCGCAGCAAGAGAUGCGGCGGAGGCAUGAGGAGGAGAUGAGGGCGCUAAGGGCCGAACGGGAACCUCCCGAGCGGUCCGCCUCAAAUCGAGAGAAUGCUAAUGAGGCAAGCCAUAAUCACGCCAACCCGAACGGUCGGGCUAGAGGGGAACCAACACCCCUGCAGACCGCUCGGCCUACCAGUUUGUUGCCCUUCACGGCAAUCAUCAUGCAAACCCCAAUGCCAGAGAAGACUCCCCCCGUGUUGGAUAAGUAUAAUGGUUCGGCUGAUCCGGAUAAUCACUUAAGGACGUUCGGUAAUGCAAUGGCAUUCUAUACAGACAGCGACCCGAUCAUGUGCAGAGCCUUCUCGUUGUCACUUAAGGAAGAGGCAUUGGAAUGGUAUAACACUCUUCCUCCUAACACAAUGGAUUGUUUCGCUACUGUGGAAAACCUCUUUAGGAGACAAUACGCAUCCAAUCGGAAACAGGAGGUAACACCGGCGAAUUUAAUAAAUACUAAGCAUGAGAAAGGAGAAACUUUGAAGGCUUUUAUGAAGAGGUAUAUUGAAACCGCACGACGGGUUAGAGAGAUAGAUCAAUCUUUUAUUAUCAAUAAUUUGCCUUCGUGUAUGAGACCAGGAUAUUUUGCGGAGAAAUUGUAUGCACGACCGCCAAAAACUAUGGAGAAGCUCCAAGAGCGAGCAGCUGAGUUCAUCCGGAUGGAGGAAAUGCGAUUGUCGCAAAGGAAAUGA